GAUGGUCCGCACACUGUAUGCCGUCGGUGCUGUGUUUCUUCUGAUGGGAUUUCUGCUACCGACAGCAGAAGGGAGAAAGAGGAAUCGUGGAUCUCAAGGUGCUAUCCCUCCGCCUGACAAAGAUCAGCCCAAUGAUUCGGAGCAAACGCAGACACAGCAGCAGUCGGGCUCUAGGCAUCGAGAACGAGGAAAAGGCACCUCGAUGCCUGCUGAAGAGGUGCUGGAGUCUAGUCAGGAGGCGUUGCACAUCACUGAGCGUAAAUACCUAAAGCGGGAUUGGUGUAAAACUCAACCCCUCAAACAAACUAUCCACGAAGAAGGCUGCAACAGUCGUACCAUUAUCAACAGGUUCUGCUACGGCCAGUGCAAUUCCUUUUACAUCCCCAGGCAUGUCCGUAAAGAAGAAGGCUCCUUCCAAUCUUGUUCCUUCUGCAAGCCCAAGAAAUUCACCACCAUGACUGUUACACUCAAUUGCCCUGAGCUUCAGCCCCCAAGAAAGAAGAAAAGAAUUACCCGAGUCACGGAAUGCCGGUGUAUAUCUAUUGACUUGGACUAAACCGAGACAAAGGUAGCGGUUGCACGCUGACUGUACACAAUCCUUGCCAGCGUGAGAGUGAGUGGCAUGAACUGGCAUACCUUCGGGGCUGGACAAAACUGAAAGGAACCUAGUGAAUUA